UGUACUCAUAGAUUUACCCAUAGAUUUACAUACUUAUAGUUUACCCAAAGUUUCAUUCAAAUUCAAACAAUCGUCGCAACGCUAUGAACUGACAUGAUACGAUUGCAACCGAAGCCCGCCAUACGUUUACACGAUCGUGAUUGCCGAAGAACAGAUUAUUCGUGUUGCAUCAGGUCAGUUGACGCUGGCGGCUACCCGAAUUGAUUAAAGGCCUAACUAUAAUGUGCAUUAGCUGCCGUAUGUUACUGUCAAAAAAUGAACGAAAAGCCUGUCAAAUGCAUAACGAACGCAGAGUAGACAUUUGAAUGACUAUAAUGUGCUUACAUGCAGAAAAAGAAAGUGUCAAUAAGCAAUUUGUGUUUUGGUUUUGUUUCGUUUGAAUUUUGCAAAAAUGAACAGAAAGUUAAAAUAUUUAAAAACAAUAAAAAUCCUUACCUCUGUUUUAGACGGAAUACGCGUAUUGACAGAAAUUAGUGAAAUUACAAAAAAAAGAGUUCGGUCGUGUUCAGUGAGGGAAAUAAACAGAAAGAGGAAGAAGGAUGGUUUCUUUGUACGAUUCCUGGAAAUGAAGAGGAUUGACCACGCUGAUUUUUUUAUAUACACGCGAAUGACACCACAAGUAUAUGAGAUUUGGCUUACUCUUGUUGAGCCCUUUUUAAACAAGAAUUCGUUGAGGGAGUCUGUGCAACCGGAAUGUCGAUUAGCUUUGACAUUACAAUAUUUGUCACAAGGAACUUCGUUUCAAUCGUUGGCAUGGUCAUUUCAACUGGGGAAGGAAACGGUUAGGCGCAUUAUUCUGGAGACAGCUGAAGUCCUUUGGACGAAGUUAGGCGCUGUUUAUGUAUCUGAGCCUAAUGAAGAAGAUUUCAAGCAAAUUUCUCAAGACUUCUGGGAACUAUGGAAUAUGCCCAACUGUGUUGGAUCUAUUGAUGGGAAUCAUAUCGCUAUUCGAUGCCCACCUAAAAGCGGUAGUCAAUUUUUCUGCUACAAAAAAAUUGUUUCUAUUGUGUUGUUAGCAGUGUGUGAUGCCCGAUAUCGGUUUACCUAUAUAGAUAUUGGUGCAUAUGGAAGUCAGAGUGAUGGUGGUAUUUUUCAAGUGAGUCGAUUGGGAAAGAGGUUGCUAGAUCACAAACUUCCCAUCCCUCCAGCGAAAAACUUACCAAAUACGCAACUAAAAACUCCACACUUCUUCGUUGGUGAUGCUGCCUUUCCUUUAGGGAUAAAUUUAAUGUGCCCAUACCCUGGGGGAAUGCUACCAAAUGAAAAAGAGGUGUUUAAAUCAAGAGAUCGUCGCACAAUUGAAAACUCUUUUGGAAUACUAGUAGCGCGUUGGCGAGUUUUACUAACAACAUUACAUUUAUUUCCGGAAAAUGAAGAAAAAAUUGUUUUAGCGUGCGUUGCUUUACAUAAUUUUAUUAUGUUUAAUAACGUGAAUGCAUCUUCGUAUAUUGCAAGCAACUAUGCUGAUUGGGAGGACUCUAAUGGUGAUUUUCAUGACGGUUUAGGAGUUUUAAAAAAUAAGAAAAUUAGGUUGAAUUCUUUUCAAUUUCAUGUUUGCCUAUUUUCGCGACGUAAGCGAUAUAAUUCCGAUAUCAUUUUCUCUUGGAAACUGUCUUUGACCGACACUGGCAGGUCUUGCAUCAGACACAAAACCGUCGUCAUAAAGGCCUCAUCAGUUUCACAUCUUUCAGCCGGCGCCGCCAUUUGCUUUUCUAAGUUCUCCAUUGUUGCGCCAAGUUUCUGGUAGAGACUUUUUUGUUUCUUCGGAGGUGGCGAUGAAAUUUCAUUUAAACUAUCACUCGUAGAUGAAUCCAAGACAGAGUCUGCAUUUGCUUCUGCAUUAUCACGAGUGCUGUACAAUGAAAAAGUUAUAUUUAAAAACAUUAAAAUUUAUACAAAGUACCUACCGACGCAGUGUGACGGAGUCUUUCAGAAACAUCAUGGGUUUUAAAAAACGCCAUUCCUCUAAGUAGCUCAUUCCGCUACCUGAUGGAGCUUCUAACCUUUUUAUCUCUUUGCAGAAGCGCUCCCGGAGUAGCUUCCAUCUAUGUUUGCAUUCUAGAUCUUUUAAUUGAAACAAACAUAAAAAAUAUAUAAUACAAAAAUACAUAUUUCUAUAACAGUGUUAAUACAUACCACUUUU